AUGGAUUACAGAGCAUUCAAAGUAAACGUUACCUGUGUCGAAGGAAUCGAAGGAGUUCUAAGUUUCGUCAAUUUCUUCCACAAAUCCAAAGUCUAUGCGGCGGUUUCCAUCACCGGAGACUUGCUGGCCAACCAAGAAACGCCACUUGCGAAGUACUUCGGUGAAAAUCCAGUGUGGAAUUGGCCGAUGAAGUUUUAUUUGAAGGAAUCGAAGUUACAGGAAAAUGCCCUAACUCUGAGGAUUCAACUGAGGCGAAAACGAAUUUUCGGAGGAGACGAAUACAUUGCGGAAGCUUUGGUUCCGUUGAAGAAUCUUUUUGAUGGCAACAAGAAUGUGAUGGAUGAAAAUUACUGUUCAUCGUGGUUGCUUUCGCCAUCUGGCGGCCGUCGUGGUUUUGUGUAUUUUUCGUAUUACUUUAGUCGGACAUACGCUGCCACCGCCGAGAGUGACGGUAACAGCAUAGUUGCUCCACUGUCUGCUUGGGAUUGUUAA